CUCGGCGUCGAUGAAAUGACGUAAUUACAACAAAUACGUUUGUUUGUUUGUUUUUAAUUGUUUUUUUUGUGUUGUGGUUACAUUUAUGUAUUUGCGUGACUGUCGAAUCUAUUGUGACCUGCCUGCUAAGGUAGGCUAGCUUCACACAGCAGCAACUGCAGGAGCUUCGCUGAGCAGUGGACACAUGUCCGUGAACCGAAUAACAUAACAGUGGCGCCGAGAGAGGAGGCAUAAUCAACAUGUCUCGUCAUAGAAAUGUUCGAGGUUACAACUACGAUGAAGACUUUGAAGAUGAUGACAUGUAUGGACAGUCUGUGGAGGAUGACUACUGUUGCAUUUCACCAGCAACAGCAAAUCAGUUCAUCUACUCACGUCAAGAAAGACAUGCACCAAGGGAAGAGCCUUUAGAGGAGGAAGAAUUUGAAGAUGAUGCUGUCCCUGUGUCCCCUACUGUCAACCAGAAUCUCAACCCUCUUGAUCAAGCCAAGCUGUAUUCCUGUCUGGACCACAUGCGGACUGUGCUGGGAGAUGCGGUGCCGGACUCAGUCCUGACCCAGGCAGCCAUAAAAUGUGGAUUUGACCCACAGAGGGCACUGGAUGCAGUACUGUCUGAAGACACUAAAACCGCUCCAGUUACCAGAAGUACAGCUGAAGAGACUGGUACAGUAGAGCGAGCUAACCAGGACAAAGCGCCGCAACCACAAAGAACCAAACAAGAGGCUGUGGCUGACAAAGGAGCCUGCUUGUCUGCUUCUCACACAGACAUGACAUCCAAGGCACAUGAAUCCAACACACAUGGGCACAAACAUGCACAUCCACAUGUACCUGAACUAAAAGCACCCAGCUUAUGUGACCUCUUAUCUCAACCAAAUGCCGGCAGCUGUGAAAAGCAGGAUUUUAGCCUUAAAAACAUUAGCCCAGGUGUUAGCAGUGGUGGUAGUCUGGCACAGCUCAUCUCUGAGCACGAGCAAAAGAAUAAGGGGUCAGUAGUAGCUGACACAAGGCAGGGCUUGGACGUUUCCUCAUUCAACAAAGGACUAAAUGCAACAACAACAGCAUCCAUUAUGUCUAGUCAGAGUAGUAUUUCACUGGGAGCUUUGGCAUCUUUAAAGACGUUAUCAGCAUCACCGGCCUCUCCUCCCUCCAUCCUUUCGGUUUCACUCAGUAGUCUAUCGCUAAACAACCCCAAGACAGCAGCUGCAGGCUCUUCUAUGGCUGCUCCUCCUGGAUUUGGGAGUCUCAGCUCUGUUGUGCAGAAAAAUCAGCAGUCUGUUGGGGUUGGAGGCAAAGCCAUGCUGGGUGGUUCAAAGGGUAGCCCGACAUUGGCCGAUUUAAUCCAGGAGCACUCAAAUCGAAGCCCAGCUUUUAGUAAUUCUCUCCUUACUCCUCAAAGCAGCAUACCAUCUGCAAUGUUUCAGGGAAUGGCUGCACCAGCACAAACACUAUCUCUGUGCGAACUUGCUUCCCAGCACCAAAACAGAAAGAAGAGUUCCCCUCAAUCACAAAGCACUGAAAGACUAGCGAAUGCUCUCUCCUCAUCAAAAAUAACUAGCAUCACUCCCCCAUGUCUGGCUGGCACUGUCUCAUUGUCCCAGCUUGCCUCGCAGCAUUACAGCAACAGUUUCUCAACUUCCCCCAAGCCUUUCAGCUCUGAAUCUCCAGAAAAUGCACUGAAGCAACCACCUGGUCUCUCUGAGCAGCUCUCUUUGUCACAUAUGGCGUCUGAACACAAAAGCAAAACCUCAACCACCUCAAAUGGGUCACAGUGCUCCCUCACGUCGCUCUUUUUACCAGCAAAACCAGAGAAGACUGGCAUGUCAGAAGAGAGUGCUACAGAGGGUGGUGCCAAGUGUGAACUCGACCACAGACCAUACCACCAAAUCUUCAGACAACCUAAACCAGGUCACACUAUUGAUCUGACUUCACUGAUGGCCCAGUCACAUGGAGAAGGUCUCCAUCAGCUUGAAAGUGACCUCCCAUCACCCAUGUCUCCAGCUGCUUUUGCAUUGGGGUUGGAUGUUUCCGUUUUUGCAAAACCAUCAGUGUUUGCGAUUACUCUGUCUGUUCAGACUAGCAGAAGACAAAAGAGGAUGAAAAAUGUACUAAAGGGAAAAAUAAAAGGUCAGAGGAGAGGAAGUUAUUACAAGGCCUUCCUCUCUCAGUCGCAGGAGAAAUCCAAACAGCAGCUUCCCACACUUUUGCCGAUUGUACCUUUCCGCUUCGACACCCCUUCGCCUGAUGACAUCGUCCGUGCUAAUCAGCGGAAAGCUUUCACCAGGUAGCCACAAGGAAAGCGCUUAAUUCAGUUGCAUCUACCUUGGUGCUAACUUGACUUGCUUUGAAUGAGAACCCCACUUCUAUCUGGGCCCUUUUGCUCUUAUCACUGAACUAAACCCAGAGAUGCAGCACUCAGGGUUGCAAGUCUGCACUCAUUUAUGGGGACUAAAGGAACUUUUGGGUCCAACAAAAUGACAUGCUGACUCUGAUCACUGGUUAAAAAAAUAAUAGAAAGAAGAUUAUUCAAGCAUUUAUGUAUUUUUUUUUAAGUGAACACAUACAGAACAAAGAGAAAUGAACUCACUCUGGCAGCUUAACAAUAAUCUUAGCUAACCCAAGCAAACCUUCCAAGAACAAUUUAAGUAUUUUAGGAACUUUUAGAAAGAUCUUUGUUUCUUAUUGCUGUAGUUAGCGUUCUCUCCUUCAUUUUAAAUGUAGUCUUAUUUUUGUAUGCUUCGAAGGCCAAUGGCUUUUUAAUUUUUUUUAUGAUCACAGCAAAGAGAAAGUUCAUGUAUACUCUAGAUGUGACUUUUUUUCUGAGCUGCAUGAACCCUCAAAAGACAAAAGAGGUUGACUUUGUUUGCAGGUGUGCUGCAGCUAUUGGAAUAUGGAUCAGUUAACCAUUGUACUGGUUUACUGCUGCCUGUGUUUGAGAUCAUGGGUUUGACUUUUUGGUUUAGAGGACACCUGGAGAUUUUCCCAUGAGGGAAGAGGAACACAUAUGCAUAUGCGUACAGACACACAAACGAAUACACAAAGACAAGCAAAAUCUUUUAACUGUUAAAUAUUGAAAAACUGAGGUUUUUUGCAUGGAAGCACUAUAUACUUUUACAAUACUUUUACUGAAUUAGUCAAAGUGAAUGCCUUCAUACUGUAGUAAAAGAUUUUAAUUUCGUUUUGUAUACAUGGGUUUAAUUUACACUGGGUGUGUCUUCGCACACUGCCAAAGGUUAAUUUGUCUGUUUCGAAAUAAAGAUGAUUGAAUUUAUGUGCUCUGAGUGAACCUCUGUCUAGUCUUCUCCUUCAGUUUUUGCGAAUGUGUGUGUGUUAAACACGUUUUUUGGCUUGUUGUAAGGAACUAAUCCUACCUAAUGAAUUAAAAGUGCUCUAUU